UCUCAGGCAGAGCUGCUGUGGAUCCAGAGACAGCUGUCAAUCAUCGCUGCCAGGAACUCCCAUCACCUGCAGGCCCAAGGGAAGCUGAGACAUGAGGUUACACCCCUGCACUCCACAGUUCUUUCAUCCCACAACGUGAGCCUCUUCCGCCUUCUGGAGGAUAGAAACCGAGCCCUAAAGCUUGAGGUGGCCACCCUUCGCCAGGAGAAACAGCAGUACAGGACACUGAAAACUAAGUUCCAGGAUGCGUUGCAGGAGAAAAAUCGCCUGAACCUUGAGUUGUCCAGCCACAGCCUGAAAGCAUCCAAGUAUGACCAGGUAAGGUCAGAAUAUGAGCAGCUCAGACACACCUACAGCACUGUGAGUCGGGAGAGAGACUUGGCUCAACAGGAGAGGAAACAACUCCAAGGCAAACUGGAGAACCUCGAGCAAGUCCUCAAGCAUAUGCGAGAGGCUGCAGAGAGGAGGCAGCAGUUGGAAGAGGAGCAUGAGCAGGCCCUGGCUGUCCUCACCACCAAGCAGCAGGAGAUUCACCUUCUGCAGAGGGCUCAGGUUGAAGCUGAGAAAGAGCAUGAGGGAGCGGUCCACCUGUUAGAGGUCAAGGUUCACGACCUGGAGCAGAAAUGCAGGUCACAGACUGAACAGUUCGGCCAGCUGUCCAAGGACCUGGAAGAUUUCCGUCUGGAGGCGGAUACUGUAGACAUCCUCAGCACUGAGCCUUUCUACAAACACAACGUUCCCCUUCACCCGGAAAAUAAACUCUCCCAAAUCCUCAACGGACUGGCAGCCCAGGCAGGGAAAGGCGAUGAGAGCUCGGCAAACACUCGGCUGAUAUCCAAGUUCCUCCGCCCACUGCAGAUCGGAGACAGAGACAGGCCGGAGCUGCUGUCUGUCAAUCCCACCGCCGUGACAACGAGCCGCCCCAGCAUCCCGCGACGGGCGACCCCCUCAGAGAUGGAGGAUGAGAUCCGCCGUGCGCCCAGGUCCAAGCCUCGCUAUACUGGCACAGUCCGUCUAUGCACUGCCCGCUACAGUUACAACCCUUACGAUGGACCUAAUGAGCACCCAGAGGCAGAGCUCCCCCUGGUGGCUGGGAAGUACCUGUAUGUGUACGGCACGAUGGAUGACGAUGGCUUCUACGAAGGGGAGCUGCUGGAUGGCCAGCGAGGUCUGGUCCCCUCCAACUUCGUGGAGUUUGUCCAAGACAAGGAGAAACCAUCCAUCCAGCCAGGGGACGCAGGGGAGGACCUGGGCUCUCUGGACCAUACCACCCUGGGCCUGAUGGGGGUGGAUGGAGGGGCCCCUCAGGAUGGGCUACUGGGCUCCACCAACCCCUUGGGCCCCUGCAGCAAUGGCACAGGGCCCCUGGACCCUGAGGAUCUGGCUGAUGACAUUGUGCCUUACCCCAGGAGGAUCACCCUAAUCAAGCAGUUGGCCCGUAGCGUCAUUGUGGCCUGGGAGCCCCCCAUGUUGCCCCUGGGCUGGGGAAACAUCAGCUGCUACAACGUGCUGGUGGAUGGCGAGGUGCGUGCCAGCGUGCCCUACGGGGGCAGGACCAAGUCUUUGUUGGAGAAGCUGGAUCUGGACACCUAUACGCACCGCGUGUCUGUGCAAAGUGUGACAGACAGGGGCCUGUCGGACGAGCUGCGCUGCACCCUGAUGGUGGGAGCCAACGUGGUGGUGGCGCCAUACGGCCUGCGUGUGGACGACAUCCUGCGCGACUCGGCCGAGCUUUCCUGGUUGCCCAGCAACAGUAACUAUGGGCACACAGUGUUCCUGGACGGGGUGGAGCAUGCGGUGGUGCGGCCAGGGAGUUACAGGCUGCGCUUCGUCAACCUCAAGGCCAUGACAGUGUACAAGGUGAGGGUGGUGGCCCGGCCACACCAGGUGCCAUGGCAACUGCUCAUGGAGCAGAGGGAGAAGAAGGAGACUGCUGUCGAGUUCUGCACACAAGCUGCUGGCCCCCCAUUACCCCCUCAGGAGGUGCAGGUGCAGUGUGGCCAGGCCCCGGGGGUCCUGCAAGUGCGCUGGAAGCCCCCCGUCCUCUCACCCACCGGAACCUCCAAUGGAGCCAGCGUCAUCGGAUAUGCAGUCUGCACUAAAGGACAGAGGAUAGCGGAGGUGUUGUACCCCCUGGCUGACUAUGUGACAGUGGAGCUGAACAGGAUCCAGUGUCUGGAGGCCAGGGAGGUCAUCGUCAGGACAUUGUCAGCACAGGGAGAGUCCCAGGACUCCCACGUCGCCCCCAUUCCAAACAAUCUACUGGUGCCUCUUCCUCUUCCUCACCCUACCCCCCUGCCCCCUCCGCACCUACACGCAGGGCCCCCUCCACCUCACCCCCACGCCCCCCCACCCCACCUCCAGUCACCUCAACUCCCCCACCCCCAACUACCCAUGCCUCACCCCCAGCCUCUCUCACCCCUGCCUCACGGACAACCCCUCCCUAACCACCCUCCUCACCCUCAGCCACACCUCCAACCCCUGCAACCUCAUCCUGUCUCCCAGCCUCAGGCUCACCUACAGCCUCACCCCCCUCACCCUGGUGGUCCUCCACAGCCCCUGCACCUCCAGCCUCACCAACCCCACCCUAUGCCCCAGCCCCAGCCCCAGCACCGCCUACCCCUGCUGCCCCACCCACCCCCCCAGCUCCACCAGAGACCAGUUAGUGCCAGAGACCUGGAAGCCAAAGAGCAGGUGGCCCACCAUGGGGGCGUCCCCAGCCAGCCCUGGGACCCUGCCCGAUCCCCCUCCGCCCAGCCUCCUCCUGCCCCCAUGCACGGGCACACCCUGGAGGCGCCCCCCUCUGCUAACCGGCGCUCGCCCUCCCCCCAGAGGAUCCUGCCCCAGCCCAGGGGCACCCCCAUCCCAGACCAAAUGGCCAAAGCCAUCGCCCGCAAGGCAGCACAGAGGGUGGCUGCAGAGAGUGGCAGAAUGGAGAGGAGAGUCGUCUACAACGAGCAGGGUCAGGCCUUCCACCAACAGAACUCAGAUGAGGAGGAGGAGGAUGAGGAAGGGUAUGGUUGCGGCCGCAUGAGACAAGGGGCCUCGGUGGAUGAGUUCCUCAGAGGGUCCGAGCUGGGCAGGCCGGCCCACUACAGCCACAGUGAGGAGUACCAUAGUGAUAGCAGCCGGGGCUCUGACCUUUCUGACAUCAUGGAGGAGGAUGAGGAGGAGCUCUAUUCUGAGAUGCAGCUGGAGGAGGGACGACGACGCAACUCCCACAAUGCACUCAAGAUUGGGAACACCCUUUCAGGGGGUCGGCUGGAUCGGGAGACGGGGAGAAGAAUGCCCCGAGACGGUCCACAGCCCCAGAGACGCCCUCUCAUGGUGCCCUCUAUUGAGAUAACCACAGAGAGUAACAGUGAUGGGAACCUCUCACCCGUCACGGAGGACGUUUACUAUGGCAGUGUAGCACGGCACAGGACAUGGUCGUCCCGCCGACACCCCACGGGCGCCAAGCCUUCCUAUAAUGAGGGAUACAGGGACCGGGAACGCCGCUCCCCUCCUAACUACGAUGAGUCGGAACCAGAGGAAUCAUUCCGGAUCUUUGUGGCUCUGUUUGACUACGACCCCCUGUCCAUGUCUCCCAACCCGGACGCAGCAGAUGAGGAACUGCCCUUCAAAGAGGGCCAGAUCAUUAGGGUAUAUGGUGAUAAGGACACAGAUGGUUUCUACCGAGGGGAGAUCAGGGGAGGCAGGAUAGGGCUCUUGCCCUGCAACAUGGUGUCAGAGAUCAGGGCUGAGGAUGAGCAGACCAUGGACCAGCUCAUCAAGCAGGGCUUCCUCCCGCUCAACACACCAGUGGAUAAAGUAGGAAUAGGGCAGGACAGACGAGGCUUCCGCCAGCACCAGGCCACCAGGAGGAUGGUGGCCCUCUACGACUAUGACCCCAGAGAGAGCUCCCCCAAUGUGGACGUGGAGGCUGAGCUGACCUUCUGUGCUGGUGACAUCAUCGCUGUAUUUGGAGAGAUUGAUGAAGACGGGUUCUACUAUGGUGAAAUCAAUGGCCACCGCGGCCUCGUCCCCUCUAAUUUUCUGGAAGAAGUGCCUGACGACGUGGAGGUGUACCUGACGGACACUCCGUCUCGCUACGCCCAAGACGAGCCCGCCAACCGGGCCGAGGCCAAAAGGGUAGCCAUGGAAACCACAGAGAGUACAGCCCUGCCUGUCCGAGCAGCGUCCCCCACAGUGCGUCCCCUGUGUCCCCCAGGCACCAUGCGGCCCAUCAGCCCCGCCAGGGGCCCCAGGGACCCCCGGGACAACAAAAAGAAAAAGGGACUGCUCUCCAAGGGGAAGAAACUGCUCAAGAGACUCUCUCCGGUAAAAUAAACGGUCCCCAGCUGAUCCCAGAAAAGUAAAUUGCAUACAGUACACACAAUCAAAUCAGCCGAAUCUACAGCACACAACUACAAUGGCAACGUAUGCGUAUGUAUUACAGGACAAUAUAUGUGAGCCUAAUCUAAUAUAUUCAGCGAUACAACAUUCAUGUUCUAAUGAUGAAUACACAUACUUACAUACAUGUACUCAGUGCCAAAUUCACUUUGCUCACACAUACUGUAUAACUGUGAUAUAUUUGAGGUGGAGGAAAACAUAGGAGUACAAACUAGGAUUUUCAUGACAUUUUACCACUGUUUUCUUUAAUCAAAUGGUUAUUAAGGGACUUUGGAAAUCAGGACAAUGCUGAUAAUGCAUUUGUGUGCAUUUGUUACAAGUAGGGUAACAACAGAGUAGCCUAUUUUUUUUUUGUUACAACCCGAGAUGGUUUCCAUGGCAAUUGUGCCAUAAGGUCUCUAACAGACAUGACGUGGCAAAAGAAAAUCAAUGUUGUGAUAGUCAGAUGUCAAUACUAGGAGACAGACCAUAAUCCUGGAACACUAGAGCAACAACUCAACUACACUGUUAUUGAUGGCAUUCCGUCAGUAAUGCUGGCUGCUAAUCCAGAGGCUUUAUUCAGUGCAAUACAUCACAAACAUGAGGGUGACAAAGGGUUGAAUCACUCACAGAACCUAGAAGUCUGCAGGGUGGUUGGCCACAGAGCAUUACAGCAAGGAGAGGAAGCUACAUUGGGUAAGAUGUUUGAACCAUCUCAGUGGCCUUUAUGAAAACAAUAUGAGCAUGACAUUCCUCAUUUUCUAUGGUUGAACAAGGUUGUUUUUAAACUAACAGUAGUCUGCCAAGAACCCCUGGGUUGCAUCUCUGCAUAUUUGUUUGAUUAAAAAAAAAAGACGGUUAAAGAGAACCUUCUGUGUUUGCCUUCCAAUUGCACAAAGGGGUAUGUUUUGUCUGAUGAAUGGAAAAGCAUUGUUGUGUGUGUAGGUGUAGGCUGUGUGUGUGGUCAGUGUGCAUUCAUGUCUUUGCAUUCUUUUUCCCAAAAAGAGGACAUGUAGUUAAGAGUCGUGAUCUUAGUGGUGUGCUGCUAACUACAUUGCCGGUGUAAUGUUCUGUUGUCUGUCGGAGAGGGCUGUGUUACCCACUCAUCCAUUUCAGUAAAGAUGUCUAGGUGUGCCCUCAAGAUUCUGCACCGUUUACUUGUUUACACUCUUAUAGACCUAUUGGCAACCUAUUUUUGGAGUCAAGAGAAAGGGAGUGAUGACCUACAUACUGUACCUACAACCUCUAAACCAGUAGUCGUGGCUUAUGGGCUAAAUGAGUGCUAAAUAAAGGAUGCAUCCAGCUGAUUGUAAUUAACUGGAGAGGUUAUUAUAGCCACUAGACAAACAUUGUCCUGUAUUUUUGACAGCUUUUAAAGCCCUAUAUUAACCAAUUUUCAUAACCCAUGAUCCUAUCCUGUAAUAGUUUAACAUCACCACCGUUUGAUGUGCAUAAUCAUAAUGGACAAUAUGUCAAUCCAUGAUUAAAAAUGAAAGAUGUUUAAAUUGUAUUGAUAGUGAAAACCAGUCGGAGAGAGACCUAUCAGACACGUUCUUUAAAUGCCCAUCAGCUAAGAUAUCUGAAGUGUAAUAUCGUGCUGUAUAAUGAUUACAGGGUUCUUCUAUGUUUAUUAAAAAAUAGAAAAUCUAAAGAUGGAUUGCCAAAAAGGAAUGUGAAAUGUUGAGCAGGCAAAAUAGCUUACAUUUUAUUACUUGUCCAAAGUUAUGCAUUAUGUUAUGUAUCCAUUUGUCAAAAGGUUUUAAAGUCAUAAUACCAAAUCAUUCUUUUGUGAAUGCGUGUAUGUCUAUGCUGUUGCAUUUUUGUACUUUUCUCCAUAUGUAGAUAAUUUCUAAAUGUUUAUACUUGAUUUUCAGACUGCCUUUUUAUGUGCAUUAAGAUUUAUUCUUACUGUAAACAGUGCAAGCAUUCUCCAUGGUGUCCUCAAGAUAAGAUGUUUAAGUCUGUGGUUCUGUGCUUGCUCUGUGAAUCAAAGAGAAAAAAGAGAAAUCAUUGGACAAUAUUUAUGGUGAUCAAAUAUUGUUUGCAUGUGCAAAAAAUAUUUUUUUUUCAA